AUCCUCUUUACUUUUCACUCUCUCGGAAAUAUAAGGUAUCUGUAAGAAUAUAUAAAUAUCUCUGGUACGUGUGGGAUUGAUUGAUUGUAAUUACGUAGAGUCACAGAGAUGGCGCAUUUGUUGGACAAGGCGAAGAACUUCGUGGCGGAGAAGGUGACGAACAUGAAGAAGCCGGAGGCCACCAUCGACGACGUCGAUCUCAAGGGUCUCGGCCGUGACGGCGUCACCUACUCCGCCAAGGUCUCCGUCGACAACCCUUACAGCCAUUCCAUCCCCAUUUGUCAGGUCUCCUACGUCCUCAAAAGCGCCGGCAGGGUGAUUGCAUCGGGCACAAUGGAGGACCCGGGAUCGCUCAAGGGAAACGAGAAGACGUUGUUGAACGUGCCGGUGAAGGUUCCACACAGUGUGGUGGUGAGCUUGGUGAGGGAUAUAAGUUCGGAUUGGGACAUAGACUAUGAACUCGAAUUGGGUCUCACCGUCGACCUUCCCCUCGUAGGAGACUUCACCAUUCCCCUCUCCACCAAGGGCGAGAUCAAGCUCCCUUCCAUCUCCGACUUCUGGAAAAGAGAAUAAGCAAACCCACUAUAGCUUCUUCGUAACAGCUACAAGAUGUUGGAGUUCGUGAUCAGGAAAUUCUCUCUUUAGCUAUUGGAAGUGUGUAAUCUUAUGUUUUUAUUUUGAAUGGAACUGGAUCAUCUCCGAUCUUGAUUUUGAACUGAAUGAUUUUGUCCUGUUUUCAAUAA